AUGGCCGCAAAAUGGCUUCCUACGAACAUCUCAUCGACCAAGUUCCCGUCGAGUUUAGAAGACUUAGAGAAGCUUAGAAGCAGUUCAUUCGUGCAGCAAAUGGCUCGCAGCAUGACCUUCGUUCAGUGCCUCUGCUGCACCGUCUUUCUAAUAGUCAUGGUCGUCGGGAUGUCUACUCGAGGAGCAUCGCACGCAUCAGUCCCAGCAACGUCGCUCGCCACAGGCACGCAAGGCGCCACAUGGGGCGGGGACGAAUGGGAGGACCGCAUCCGACUCUCCGCCGUUCCGCGCGAGGGCGGCAUGGUGGUGCUUGUAACGGGCGCCGCUGGAUUCGUGGGCUCGCACACGUCGCUGGCUCUUAAAGAGCGAGGCGACGGCGUAAUCGGUCUGGAUAACUUCAACGACUACUAUCCCGUGGCGCUGAAGCGCGCCAGAGAGGAGCGGCUGCUCUCCAACGGAGUCUUCGUCGUGGAAGGCGACAUCAACGAUCAGCAGCUCGUCUCCAAGCUCUUCGAGAUCGUACGGUUCACGCACGUGCUCCACCUCGCCGCGCAAGCCGGCGUGCGAUACGCCGUGCACAACCCGCUGGCGUUCGUCCACAGCAACGUCCUGGGCUUUGUUAAUCUGCUCGAAGCCGUACGAAAGGCGGAUCAUCAGCCCGCCAUCGUUUACGCCUCCUCGAGCAGCGUCUACGGUCUAAAUAAAAAGGUCCCGUUCUCGGAAAGCGACCGAACGGAUCGGCCGGCGAGCUUAUACGCGGCGACGAAGAAAGCAGAUGAGAUGCUCGGGCACACGUACAACCACAUCUACGGCCUCUCCGUCACCGCGCUACGCUUCUUCACUGUUUACGGCCCGUGGGGCCGGCCCGACAUGGCGUACUUUUCCUUCACGCGGAACAUCGCGGAAGGGAAGCCGAUUAAGAUCUUCCGCGGGCCCAACGGGCAAGAGCUGGCGCGCGAUUUUACGUUCAUCGACGACGUGGUGAAAGGGUGCGUGGCCGCCCUAGAUACUGCCACGCCCAGCGUGGGCGUGGGCACGCAAGGGAAGAAGCGCCGCGCGCAGUUCCGAGUGUUCAACCUCGGGAACACUCAGCCGGUUAAGGUGACGGAUUUCGUCAAGCUCCUGGAGAAGCACCUUGAGACGCGCGCGAUUAGGGAUGUGGUUCCCAUGCCCAGCAGCGGCGAGGUGCUGUUUACACACGCAAAUGUCACACGCGCGGAGACCGAGCUAGGUUACAGUCCGUCUACAGACCUAGAUGCUGGGUUACAAAAGUUUGUGGAAUGGUACAAGUCGUAUUACAUAAAAGGUAGCAGCAACGAGCGGAUGCUGAUCGGGUACAGACCAUACUGA